CUAACCAGCUCUGUCUCUGUGGAGAUAUGGCUUGAUUCUAAUCUUUUGUCUCUACACAUGUGUACGUGUGUUUGGACACUGAUGGUUCUAUAAAGUCUCACAGAUUGUCACAAAGGCUCAGUACUGAUCUCCAUCGUCAUACCCGACUGUCUCUCCUCUUGCACGAGCACAAGUCAUCAUGGCAACUAAAAUAGUUAUUCAGCAGCCCAAGCCACUUGUUCUGGCUCCUGGAUCUGACCAAUGGUCCUCUGGCAUGUGCGAAUGUGACAACCUCAAUGACUGUUGCUUUGCGUUCUGGUGCUGUCCAUGUUUCGCCUGCAUCACAGCCAGAGAUCAUGGAGAGUGUCUCUGCCUGCCUCUGCUGGACAGUUUUGGUCUCUUCCCACCCAUCACUAUGGCCAUGAGAGUGUCUGUCCGGCGCACCUAUGGAAUUGAGGACUCUAUCUGUAAUGAUUGUGUGUUGUCCUUCUGCUGCGGCCCGUGCUCCUACUGUCAGAUAAGACGUGAGAUGAUAGCUCGCAACCACCCCGUCACCCUCUUCCGCAACCGAUCAAAAUAAAACAACUUGAUGAAUCAUCAGCUCUGAAAAGAAAUAAGCUAGCUUAGAGUGUGUUGGAGAAGUCUGAAAUUCAGCUCUGACCCAAGGACUGAUGUGGAUUUCAGAUGUAGUCUGCUCGGGAAUGAAGACCGAAAACUCUUCUCUAAAAAUACAUGAUUCUUUAGGAUAACUAACCAUACUGAUGUUUUAAUGUAUUGAUGUAGAUCUGUAACUGUGAAACUAUCAUUUUGAAUCAUGAGGUCCUUUUUAAUUCUGUUUCAAAGCUCUUGCUUUUAGUUAUGUUUUGCCUUUUAUAAAUAGUUGUUAAUAUAUUAUGUCAUUGUACAUGUGUUGAAAUUAAAAUUUUGAUGAACUGCACUCAUUUUGUAUGAUGUUUCAUUGGUUUCAUUAACUGUGUGCAUAAUUCACCUUUCUAAAAAAUAGAUUGUAUUCCCCAAAAUAAAUUGAAUGAUUAUCCCAUCUUACAUUAUAUCUAAUUAACAGUAUAUCUUAUUAUCAAAUAGUCUGUGAGUGACAAAAACGUUUGAUUAGAGUCUUGAAUCCCCUCGAGGUUUCUUCCUCACUUUUUAAAAGUUUUUCCAUGCUACUGAUACAUUGUUUGCAGGAUACUAACUUUAAUUUUAUCUUCUUUAUUUUUCUGUCAUAAAAAUAAUUUAAAUGAAUUGCAUCCUGGUUACGAUUUCAGGGAGCUGUCAAAAGCAGUAAAGAAAAUGUAAUUACUAUUAUUUUAAAACUGUGAAAGUGGUAAUACUAUUUUGCACUGAGUAAUAUUAACUAAAAAUAAGUAAUCCAUUUGUUAGCGUACUUAUUACUUUAUAUCUUUGUUAACAUUGGUUAAUAAAAAUCCAGCUGUAAAUUUUCACUCAGGUCCAUUGAAUAAUAUUGACAGAUACAACUUUUGAUUAUAGUAAGGUAUAUAAAUCACCAUAAACUAAGAUUAAUAAUGCUUUAGAAGUAUUUUCCUUUGUUAGUUCAUGUUAAGUAUUGUAGUUAACUAAUGGCAACAAAUGCAACCUUACUGUAGGCUACAUAAAGUGUUAAAUAAAAAGCAUUCAAUUGUUUUAUGACUUAUUUUAG